GGUCACUGUUUCAACUUUUGACUAACUACCGCCAGGCUUUCCGACACUUGCCUCGAGACAGUUCAGCACCAUGGCAAACUCUGAAGGAGACUCUGAAGGAAGGCCGAUGUCUAGACUAAUCAGCAGAUUCAGCUCACUCGGGGAGGCAAAUGCUGAAAUACAAAUCAGAUACCACGAGAAUUUGGUCGCCCGUGAGUUGUCACGAGUCAAUAAUGUAUAUGUCACACUCUGGGAUGGUAUCGUCAAUCGUCCAGACCCCAUGGUACUAUUCAACCAAGUCGAAUGCAGAACGGAGCUCAUAGAAGAACUGCGCACAAAACGUUUCUACACCUUAAGACGCCAAGUCUUUGCCCUCUCAAGAACACUUAUCACCCCCGCUAAUUCUCAAAUCACGCCAGUCUCGAAAUUAAAAGAAAUCCUGAAAAUCAUAUCGAAACUGGAUGCCACCCUUGGUAAAAUCAAAUUUGCCAUAGCUUGUAUCAACCCAGACUUAAAUGUACUCGAAGUGAGGCACGACCACGACUACAAAAAUGCGAAAAAAGCGUUAUGUUGCCGUCUGGGGCUGAUGACAUACGAGACAACUGGAUACGUUUGUGAAUUACUUCGAACCUCUUGUCGUUUUAUUGAAGACUUGGGACAUAAUUUUGCCGUCGAUGCACCUCGAAAGAAGAACGAAGUGCUGACCAUCGCAUCGAAUUUCUCGGAUGCUAUCGACAUGACACUAAAUUUCAUGGAUUUAUCUGAAUUGAAGAUCUUCCAACACGCCUGGCGGUCGCAUAUAGACUCGAUGGACGACGCACUUCAGACGUUUCUCAAAUUCGUCAAUCGACCUGCACCCGACUCUGGCCCUCAGCUUGAAGCCCACCUUGUGAAUGAAGAUGCGAAUGCCAGACCCGAGAGAGCUCCACCCAUCAGUAAUCAACCUCAUACUAUAAUAUCGGUGAUAGCAAUCAUCAAAUUAUCGAGAUUGUUUUUCGCCAAGCUGUUGGAGAUGACGAGCGAUCAAACAAACUUCAGCACAGUGACUGAUCUGACUUCUAGAGAGCUCGAUAUAUUUGCUGGAAUGACUGUCGAGGUUUCUGAAAGUAUCGAGAAGCUUGUGAAGGCUCUUUGCGGAGAACUUGAAGAGGAUCCGAUCGAAAAUAUUCUCGCUACCCACGAUUCGAUCACCCAUCUUCAAAGUGCUCCUAAAACCAUCUUAUCUGCGAUCAACCACGUUUUUCCUCCGGUGUUCCAUCAGGGAAAUCAACCUUCUCGUAAGAUUUACUACAAAGCUUGGUUCUAUCGAUGGAACAAUCUUCACCAGCUGGCCACUCGAAACUUCAACAAAGCUUUCAGAUUCAACGCAUCGUAACCCCUAAAUCCAUUGUUUGCCUCUUUGCUUCAUCUUGAGCUUGCUUGAUUUUUCUGUCUAGAUUAGCGUACUCCUUCCCAUCUUGCAUUAAAUUGAACAUCUAUAAAAAUUGAGGAUUAAAGCAGUCCCAAAUCAUAUUUCUAACGAUUACCAUUUCAACACUCCAGCCUCAAGGCGGCACCAAUCAAUUGCAGCAAUGUUAUCUUGAAUUCUUGAAUUUGUCUUGGAGCGUGGAUUAAGGAAUGAUUUGAAAAACACUUCUG